GUUUCUUUUAGACUACAAGGAGAAAAGGUGUUGUGUUAUACGGUUUAAACGCGUACGAUUGCAUAUGGCGGAAAUUUUUUGUUUUUAUUUUUUUCUACUACAUACAAAUUUGAAACGAAACGAGUGCGAUUAUCGUCAAAUAGGCGAAUUAGUGUCGAAAUAAAACGAAUACUAAAGGACCGGCUAUAAGGCAUAGACGUGAUUAAGUGGAAAACGCAUAAAGCGCAGUGUUUUCUUUGUGUUCUCCAUGUUUGCUGUGGUUCCUUUGAGUUAAAAAAUAUAUAUUAAAAAUAUAUGAAAGUUUAUUUAACAUAAUUUUACACAAACAACAGUAUUUUUGUAAUCACAGAACAAAAAUAAAGCGUUUGCUUUACAGAGUGAUAUUUCUACAAAAAAAUAUUAGAGAUUAUUGCAUAAUUUCGGCGGAAAGCGAAACGCCUUUUAACAAUCAAACAAAAAGGUGAAAAAAUAUAUAAUAAUAUUAUAUGUACAAGUAUAUUUAACGACGACACGCGCACAGCAGCCGAUAAGUGAAACGAAAUUCAAAGAGCCAUACAUAAAAAAUAUUAAUAAUACAUAAAAUAAUAAACAAGUGUGUGAAAGAUAUCUUUGAAUAAGAUUUUAGUUUUUUUUUUUAUUAUUUAUAUUUUGUACGUGCGAAAUUUAUUUUUGUCAAUUUUUGUUGUUGUUUUAAACACAUAAACAAAACGACGGCGGCGGCAGGCAAAGUCUUCUAUUUGCCUACCGAGAGUGAAGUAAAAAAUUUAUGCUAAAUGGAUGCAACAUCAAUAAUCACACAAGUCUCACGCGACGAUGAGCAGUUGAACGUGUGUCCAAAUGAGAAAGAUGAUGUCGAACGUUUAAAACCACCAAAACGCGGCUUCUUUCAAUCGUUUCUAUGCUGCUGGCGACGUAAUCGUACGAAAACCAAUCAAAAUGGCACAUCAAUCGAUGGUUCCACAACACCGCCACCAUUACCGGACCAACAAAGGUACCUACUACCUCAGGUUAGGCACUCGGAUAUGCAUAAAAAAUGCAUGGUCAUCGAUUUGGAUGAGACAUUAGUGCACAGUAGUUUUAAGCCGAUUCCAAAUGCUGAUUUUAUUGUACCAGUGGAAAUUGAUGGCACUAUACAUCAAGUUUAUGUACUCAAACGGCCCUAUGUCGAUGAGUUCCUGCGAAAAAUGGGCGAAUUGUACGAGUGUGUUUUAUUUACAGCAUCACUAGCCAAAUACGCGGAUCCCGUUGCCGAUCUGUUAGACAAAUGGGAUGUGUUUCGCGCAAGACUGUUUAGGGAAUCGUGCGUUUAUUACAGGGGAAAUUAUAUUAAGGAUUUAAAUCGUCUUGGGCGUGAUUUACAAAAAAUUGUCAUUGUUGAUAAUUCACCAGCGAGUUAUAUAUUUCAUCCAGAUAAUGCGGUUCCUGUAAAGUCAUGGUUUGAUGACACGAACGAUUCGGAGUUGCUUGAGCUCAUACCGUUGUUUGAAAAACUCAGCAAAGUUGAUUCUGUAUAUAGCGUUCUGUGCAAUUCCAAUAAUCCGCUGAAUAAUGUUGCGAAAAUCAACAACACGAAUCAACAGCAAAUGUCCAUGCCGCAGUCGCAGUUGCAUCAAACUAUGCAACAACAACAACAAUUGCAAAUACAAACGACACAUCCACAGAAUCAGCAGCAGGGAGGAGUGCAGCAAACGAUUACAGCAACAACGGUAAUUACGCAAGCGACAACAAUAUCAGUACCGACAUUGCUAACGACACAGCAUCCACAUCAGUUGCAACAGCAGCAACAACAACAGCAUCAACUGCAAACAAACCAGCAGCAGCAGCAGCUGGAAGGUAGUCCGCCAAAUCCGCCCGAUUUAAGUAAUAAAACGUAACAUCAGUGGGAAUUGAUGUUUAUUAAUAUAUAAUUUGCGUUUUUUGCUUUUAAAUAAACUAGCGUACACACAUACAUACAUAUAUACAAGAAAUAUGUAUAUAAUAUUAAUAUUAUAUAUGUAGAUAUAUACAUACAUACAUAUAUAUUUAUAUGUAAACAAGAAAUUAUACAAUACACAAACAAACAAAUUAACGCGCUACCUAUCCCCCCGCGAAAUACUUUCCUAUAACAAUUGCUGCAAUUUUUUUAUUAAGAAAAAUAGAAAAAAAAAUGAAAUUGAAUUAAUACUACUUAUAUAUAUACAUACAUAUAUGCACAUGCAAAUGUGUUGAAACAAAUCGAAGAUUAAAUAUGCUGUAACAAACAUGUAUUUAUAAAUAAUACACACACACACACAUCUAGGCUAAGGAUGUAGCAAAGAAUUGCAAUACACACACAUAAAAGUAGUAUAUACAACCUACUUAUAUACAACAAAUUAACAGAAGAUGCUGAACAAGUUUAUAAUUAUUAUUAAGCGCAGCUGUAAAGCAUUACAUACAACAUAACUACAUACAUACAUACAGUUAAUAAGUCAGGCAAAUGCAUACAAAUGUAACCCACAACCACCAAACAAAAGUAGUAGCAGAAGCAGCAAAAAGUAAAAGUAAUAGAUAGUAUUGCAAAGUAGAAUGAGCAGCGUGUAAUGUAAUGAUAAUCUGUAGGUGUGAAAUGUGUGAAACGAACUCUUUGAAAAGUGCAAACGUGUGCGUGUAAAUGAAAAAAUCGAAACGAAAGACGAAUGCAAACAAAAAAAUUAAAAUAAAAAGUAAUAAAAAGCUAAAAAAAAAGAUAAUCAGCGACAUUGUAUGAGCAAUGAUUGGCAAACGAAGUGUUAAGCAUAUGUAUACAGACGAACAAAAACAAAAAAUAUGCACACAUACAUACAUAUGUAUUUAUGCGUCAAUGCCUGUAAAUUCGAGCGCAUCUAUAUUUUUUAUUAAAAUAUAACUAGCAUACACCGACAUCUGCGUAAUUAAAAAAAAACACAGAAGAUAUGCGAAAAUCUACGAAAAUAUGCAAAAAUAAAGCAACACUAAAAACAAGAGCGAACAAAAAAAACAAUAAUGUUAUAUAAAGGUACACUUUAACUACAUAAUAUAGUAGCGCUCUCCUGCCGCACAUACAAACAUAGACCAACAACAAGCAAAUAGUAAUGAACUUGCAUACAUAGCAAUGCGUAUUCAUCAUGUUUGUAUGCAACACAGCUUUUUACAUACAUUUUUUUGCUAUGCUCGCGCUCACCGUGUCUUACACACCGUACAACCAAUCAGUUUAUCCUUACUCACAUUUAUAUUCUAUAUUAGCUAAUAGUUGAAAGUAAAGAAAAGUGUAUUUUAACUGUUGUUAUUGUUUAAUUUUAACUUUUCUUUUUCUUUCACAAGUUUUGUUUGUUUUAAUUUUAUAAUAUAUUUACUUAUAUAUAAAGUACAUUAAAGUACCGAUUUUUACAUAAUUAAUUUUAAGUUUAUUUUGACACCAUAUCCCUGCAAACUCUUAACUCUACACACUACAAAAAAAAAACAAAUUGUAACAAUAAUUUUUACGUAAACCAAUUUAAUUUAAUUUUAAAUAAUUUAUAUUGUAUUUUACAACAAACCAGCGAAAAAAAGUAAUUGUUUUUAAUUUAUGCAAUAAAAAAUUAACUUAAAUAAACAAAAAACACUCUUGGUUUUUAUUUUGUAUUCAUUAUAUUUAAUUAAAAGAAAUUAAAUAACAAGUUGUACACAAAUAAUUUUUAAUUACAUACACUUUGAACAUUUAAUAAUACUUUGUAUAUUCUUUUCGAUUUGUACUGUUCAUAUUUUAUUUUUCGAAUAGUUAAAAUUGCAAUAUGACAGAAAAACGCAAAAUUUAUACUCAACAAUUAAUUCGGGAAGUUAUAAAUAUUAUAUGUACAUACAUAUAUGCUGUUAUUAUACUAUAUAAUAAAUACGGACGAAAUCUUAAGAUGUAUAAGAAUAUUUUGCGUUGGCACUACAAUCACAGGUAAACGAUUAAAUUCAUAUGUAUUUCUCUUAUUUUAGUUUUAAUUUUAACAUUUUUAUGUUUUUACAGUCAGCAUAUUUUCGUCGGUACCAGGAUUUAAAUAAUACACUUUCUGCGGCAGAUUGCCUAAACACAAUUUGGAUUUUUAUUCAAGAAGCAUUCCACGCACUAAUAAGCUGUAUAUUUCUCUCAUAUCUUAAGUAAGAUUAGCGAAAGCGGCUUACACACUUUCCAUCACAUAUCAACACCACAAACCUUUUAUAAACUAAUUAAUAAUUUGCUGCAUACAUCGCAAUAUAAUAUUGCUUCUUAUUAGCUUCCAUUUUAGUCUGCUUUUUUCUAGUGAAACUAUGAAAAUACUCGGUAAUUAUUCCUGUAAUUAAUUCUCCUACUGAUGUGUUUCCGUUUCCGUUAUUUAUCUAUGACAGCAUUCAGCGAACUAUCGAUCAAAGUCGAUUAACAAGAGUGUGUUGGCAGUUUAAGAUUAUGAAAAUUUAAUAAAAUUGUUUAUUAAGAAUAUUAUUUACGGCAAUUGAGCGCAGCUUGUCAGUUUCGGGAACCAACCAGCAUUGUAAUAAAAUAAGUAUAAGUACAUAUAUCUGUAACUGCUAAAAUUUUUGAGCUUUAUAAAUGUUAGAAAUAUAUUAAAAACACACACACACAUACAAAUUUGCAAAUAGUAUAUCAAUGUGUAAAAUAGAAAUAUUGCCACUAUCAAAUAAAAGAAUAUUGCGUAAUAGCACAACACUGCUCUGACAGAAGUUACAUAGUCAACACAGUAUAUAUACAUACAUACAUAAUAGUAAGAAACUGCAAAUGCUGAAUAAAUUUAAGCGCAAGCAAAAAUGCAUCGGCCCACCUAAACUCGUAAAAAUAAUAUUUAAUACUAAAUACAAACAUAUAUUCAUCAAAGCUCUUAGCUGCGCUCACUACCUCCAUCUCCCUAUAUCCUUGUACAAUAAACAUACCAAUGAUUUUUACACUUAAUUAAUAUUAGAUGUAUUUCAAAAAACUAAAAAAUGCAUAUUUGUAACUAAACUACUAUAUUUUUUGCAUUGCUAUUUACAUUUUUAUUUAACAAAAAAUACACAAUUUAACGCACUUGCAAACCGUUAAUUUUACACUAACAAAUCUUUUGCAUGUACACAUUUCCUGCGCCAACAUUUUUGAUCGGUUAGCAUGGCGACAAAUUAAGGAAUUUAACAUAAAAGUAAAACUCAAAAGUCUAAAUGUAAAACAAAAACACAACAAAUCAAUAAAAACACUUAUCCAGCCCAAAACAGUAGAAAGAAAUAUAUACAAAAAC